AUACGCGUGCGCGCCGCGCCGAGCGCGCUGCUAUGUAUAGCAGGUCGUGUGCUCAGCGUCUGACAGGGGCGCCGCUGCACCAGUCUCAAGACGCUGCCGCCCGCGCGCUGCUACACACCCAACGACACACGGUAGCUGGCCUCUUUACCCUCCUGAAGCCGGUGUGCAGCUGCAGUGGCGCCAUGCCGCCAGGCCACCAUGCGAUGAGUCUCGCUAGAAGCUGGUGAGAGCUUCGGGCAGCAUGUGGCGGCUCUGCACCGCUCACCCGCUCUGCACGUGGGCGUGGCUGUGGACGCUGCUGGUCGGAUGUCUUCUGGAAACGCACGCCGCGCGCAGACCAGUUUAUAGUAUUCGCAUCGCUGGCGUGUUCGACGAGUCGGGGCCGGCGGCGCUGGUGCAGGCGUUCCGGUCUGCGGUGGCGGCCAUCAACAUGCAGACGCGGGCAGACGCCAUCCUGGGCCGCCUCGACCGCCGGCCCCUACUCGACGCCCAGGAGGUCACCGUCAGCGCGCUCGACAGCUUCGGCACCGGCAGGAAGAUGUGCAACCUGACGCUGGAAGGCGUGGCCGGCGUGGUGGGACCUCGGCAGACAGCCUCCACGGACAUCGUGCGCUCCGUCUGCGACCGCCUGGAGAUCCCGCAGAUCGUCGUCAACUGGGAUCCCAAGCCGCCGCCUUCGCGCCGCUACCAGUUCAACCUGCACCCAGACGCCGAAUUCGUCGCGCAGGCGCUGGUGGACGUGCUGCACGAGUUGCAGUGGCGCUCCUACACGGUGCUGUACCAGGGCGACGAGUCGCUGGUGCGCCUGCGCAGCGUACUGCAGGAGCGAGACCGCACGGACCCGCCCAUCGCGGUCCGGCAGCUUGACGAAAGCGGCGACUACAGACCAAUGCUGAAGGCCAUCAAGCAGUCGUCAGAGUCGCGAUUGGUGCUGGACUGUGACACAGACAUGAUCCUGCCAGUGCUGCGACAGGCUGCCGAGGUGAAGCUGACGGAGGUCUACCAGUCAUACUUACUCACCUCCCUGGAUGCGCACACUUUGGAUUUGACUCAGUUUCGUCUCAGUGGUACCAACAUCACAACACUACGACUCAUCCAGCCUGACAGCGAAGCCGUUCUGAAGACGAUGCAAGACUUCGAAUACCGUUGGAAUAAAACUCCUGUCACAAUCACUCCGCAUACGAUGCGGGUGGAGUCAGCGCUGACGUACGACGCCGUCCGCGUGCUGGCCGCGGCGCUGUUCCAGACCAGCACCAUCGGUCGUCUGCGGACCUGGCCGCUCAGCUGCCUGGACGAGGAGGCCGUCUGGGACCACGGCAUCAGCGUGAGGGACUUCAUCCGCGACAUGCGGCACGAGGGCCUGUCUGGCAACAUCAUGUUCGACGCGGAAGGACGUCGCGUGGGAUUCUCGCUGGAAGUGCUGGAACUGUCUGCGGCGGGCUUCAGACCCGUAGCCACAUGGACACCGGAGGAAGGCUUCGUCAGCAGCAAGACUGAGACCGAGACGCUGGAGGAGAAGCAGAGCAUUCUCCAAGGUCGCCACCUCAUCGUUUCGUCCAGAAUAGGAGCCCCGUACUUGAUGGAGAAGGAGCAUACGACGCCGCCACGUGUCGGCAACGACAGAUACGAGGGCUACUCGAUGGACCUGAUCACACAGAUCGCAGAGAUUCUCAACUUCACGUUCGAGUUCAAGCUGGCGCCCGAUGGGCAAUACGGCAAUAGAAACGAGAAGACAGGCACCUGGAACGGGCUCGUUGGCGAGCUGAUCGCAGGGAGGGCAGACCUGGCCAUCUGUGACCUGACGAUUACGGAGGAGCGGCAAUCGGCCGUUGAUUUCACCAUGCCCUUCAUGAACCUCGGUAUUAGCAUCUUGUACAGUAAGUCCGAGAAAGCAGAUCCGAACCUUUUUUCUUUCCUGGAUCCAUUCACCGUUGACGUUUGGAUUUACAUGGCUACGGCAUAUCUUGGAGUAUCUUUAACUUUCUUCGCACUGGCAAGGAUGGCCCCUGGCGAGUGGGACAAGGGCCACCCCUGCGACCCGGAACCAACGGAGCUGGAAAACACGUUCAACAUGAUCAACAUCUUCUGGUUCUCCAUGGGUUCCCUCAUGGGACAAGGCUGCGACCUGUUACCCAAGGCCGUCUCGACGCGGCUGAUAGCUGGCAUGUGGUGGUUCUUCACGCUCAUAAUGAUCGCCUCCUACACGGCCAAUCUGGCGGCGUUCCUCACCAACAGCAGAAUGGAGUCUCCCAUCAAUGGAGUAGAAGACCUGGCGAAGCAAACCAAGAUCAAAUACGGCACUUACGAAAGCGGUUCCACAGCGGCCUUCUUCAGAAACUCGAAUGAUUCGCUGUUCUCUCGGAUGUACACGGUGAUGAGGCAGGCGAGACCCGACGUCUUUACAGACGGCAAUGCAGAGGGCGUGGAGCGCGUCAAGAAGGAGAAGGGCAACUACGCCUUCUUCAUGGAAUCCACCAGCAUCGAGUACAUGACGGCGCUCAACUGCGACCUGCGAAAAGUCGGCGGGCAACUCGACUCCAAAGGCUACGGCAUAGCACUGCAGCUAGACUCGCCGUUCCGGACGGCGGUGAGCAGCGCCGUGCUGACGCUGCAGGAGCGCGGCAACCUGAGCGCGCUCAAGACGAAAUGGUGGAAGGCGCCCGAGGGCAAGGAGUGCCCCUCCGACGUGGACACGGUCGACAGCGCGGAGCUGGGCAUCCUCAACGUGGGCGGCGUCUUCCUCGUGCUCUUCUUCGGCACCCUGGCCGCCUUCUCCGUCGCAGUUCUCGAGCUGCUGUGGAACUGCCGCACCAUCGCUGUCGAAGAGAAGAUAACGCAGUGGGAGGCGCUGACGUCGGAGCUGAAAUUCGCGAUGAACUGCAGCAACGACGAGAAGCCCGUGCGCAAGACGCACGACGAAGACGCUGGUGGCGGCGGCGACAACGACGCGGACGUUGACGGCGAGGACGUGGAAGGGCUACGUUACGGCAGCCGCUAGACGCCUCCCAGUGCAAAGGCGGCAGUUCGGUGGCGCUACCUCUUUUAAAGUUUACUGCUGCUUGGGCUAUGUGGUUUCGUGGGAUUUUCCACUAAAUGGAUGAACUCUGUCUCCUGUGAAGCCCUGCCCGAGCAUACCAC